AUGACGAGAUAUACUACCACGAGAGUGGGGAAUCUAGCUGUCCUCCCCGAUAUACCAAUCUCGACGACAGCGAUUGUCAACAUUGAGGAUCUGCAGGUGGGAGACUCCGGAUCGGCCACUCCCGAGGAGAUCGAGAAACUCCAGCAGAUCAUUUGGAAAAAGCAACACCUCCUGAUCGACAAAGGGAACGCCUUACCUCCGGCGGCCAGGGGCGUCGUGUGUGACAUCGAUGUCGGGAACGCGAAACCUAUCGCUACCCACGCGAUUUCGGGAAAAAGUCGCAGCCUGAUCAAGGGCCUCCUAGCAGCCGAGAUCAUCCGACCCUCGACAUCACCAUGGGCCUCACAGACCGUGAUUACUCGCACGAGUAACGGCGUGGAUAUCAGGUUGUGCAUCGAUUACAAGCUGGUAAACAGCCUCACAAGGUUCAUGGUCUAUUCUAUGCCUCUGAUCAGCGAUCUGCUAGAGGACCUCGAUAAGGUGUUAUGGUAUUGCUCACUGGACAUGGCCAGUGGCUUCUGGGUUAUGCCCAUGACGGAUUGGGCUCGCAAUAUCUCAGCAUUUAUCACCCUGUUUGGACUAUUCGAAUGGAGUCGCAUGCCUUUUGGCCUAAAAUACCCCCAGAUCUACCAACGCCUCGUAGACAACGCGCUGUAUGGAUUUCCGAAAAUCCCGCGAUCAGGUGACGCACGGAAUACAACGGACAUUGUUCAGACAGGGAUCGCGGAAGGUCCUGACCGCGAGUCAGUGUUGAGACGAAGAUCAUACAUUGACGACACCAUGAUCACAGCGAAAUCGUGGAAUCAAAUGUGGAAAAGAGUGGAAGAUCUGUUGGAGGCUUGCGAUAAGUGGAGUUUAUCGAUCGGUGUGACAAAGAGCUUCUGGGACAUGGAUAAGGCCACCGAGUAUCGAUCGAAGGCCUAG